GCCUUUUUGUGUACGUGAUCCGCGAGUCGAGGUGUUCGACGCUAUGAACAUUCCGGCUGGACUUAGACGUAGCAAACCAAUCAUUCUGGCCAUUCUUUACAGCGCUCAGAAACGCAUAUCGCAGCGAAAGCAUCCAAGCAGCUCCCCGAUGUUUUUUCGUGAACACACCAUCAGAAAAUUACCUCGUCACACGCCGGAGGAACCGCAGUUUGGCGACUUCCACUUUGCCCUGUCGGCUUUUUUUAAGAAACAAACGGACCACGCUGGCACGGCAACAGUCGACGCAGAUAUUCAGGAUAGUAGUUAUGUCCAUGGCAAAAAGCAACAACUGAGUAGAAGCACACUUUCGAUCGGGACUGUCUCUUCGAGGAGGAACUCGAGUGUUACCGUGUUGAGUCAGCCCUAGAAGCUCGCUAGCUUGUAACCCUGGUGCUCUUUGUCGUUUUUCGUCGGGAAAAACACCGGAAAUCUCCCAGUUUCGAAAUCCCCUUUGAAUGAGACCCCAUCCUUCAAACGAACUCAAUUUCACUUAACUCUCCACCACGUAAAGAACUGAUGCUCCAUUUGCACCCUGUAUCCUCUCUAGUCUCGAAACGGGGUAGCUCUCCAGCCCUACACGUAGCGAUUCAACGACAGAAGAGUCGAGUAUGAUCCAGACGUGUAUCCAUGAAUAAUAAGCGUGAAACUCGCUCAUCAGGGACUAAGGGGGUGCAAUGCAACGCGAGUCUGAUCCCUGGACCCCGUAUGAGUCAGGAUUCCUCUUCAGGAAACACAACUGCACAGCUCUCCUCCCCAUGCGACGCACCUCCGGCCGUCCCAGCACCCUCUCCGAGUGAGCUAGAGGCUGCACUUUCUUCAGGAAACAGCUGCGGACAGACGGGAGUUGCAAGCCUUUUCUUCUCCACCUCAGUGGAGAAACAAGAUUGCUUUUGCUUCGCUCUUCGCUUUAGAUUUCCCCCGCUUUCAAGUUGAAAACUUCCGUGGCCCGGCGCCGCAGACAUGCGGCUAAGCAAAUGCCAACGAUCUAGCUUCACAAGACAAGAAAGUUGAAGACAAGAAGUGGGGGCAUCUCUGUCAGCCCAUUUUUUCGAGAGUCUCUCUUUCUUAAUUGAAUCCGUCUUGACUUUGGCGUGUCAUUCUAUGGGUUUCUUCUCUUUUUGCAAGUUUUCCGCCCUCUCUGCCGGCUUCUCGACCCGCCCCGCCAGGACCUAGACACGCAGAGUCCGCAGCGAGGAGCCGAGCUGUUUGGAGGCGAUUCUGCAGAAAAUGGAGUGUCUUUUUCCCCCGACAAAACCUUUGGAUUUUCCAGUCUCAUGGAAAAGCAUCUCACUGGUGAAACGCUCCUCACGUCUCCUCUUUCAGCUGCGUGCUCACCCAUGGUGAGGCCUAACCAGCGCCUCACCUGCGACGCUAGAGCUGCGGACACAAUAUGCCUUCGGCGUAUGGAGAUGCGUUUUCGCGUUUUGCACUUUUCGUCUGCGCUGUAUGAAACCUCUUCUGCCCGGUAAACAGUCGGGAGGAAGCAGAGCGAAAGGACUCACAACUCUCCUGGAGUUCGCGAACUUCCGUUCCCGGCUGCGCCGAUAGAGGAAAACGGCAGUUACAAGAUUUCGAGCUCCCCGCAACUUCAUCUCAUGCGCAAAAAGUCGAAGGUCACGCAGUUUGAGGUUUUUGUACAGCAGCAACGAAGAGAGGGGGAAAGGGUGAAAGGAGGAAACGCCGCUUGCCUUUUUUUAGGGUCGUUGCCGUUGACCUCAUUUUGGUAAUAUUCAGAAGGUUUUCUUUCGCUUGAUUUUUGAGCGAGAUCACCUCUUCUUCUUCAAGAUUCUGUCUCGUCAUUGGCCCGUUUCCCUCUCGAUUUCUGUCUCCUGUUCGACUGCACCUCCGACUUCCCGCCUCCUACCAACUCCAGUUAAGAUACACAUUUCUGUUUUCUCGUUCCUCUGUCUCCUGUUUCUCCCUCUGAACUCGUGGAGAUCACCCUCCUCUUCGACACUGGAGACACGCAAAGUCGCGUUUCUCGCAAAAGCUGGAUUUCACGACAAAACUCCCCUGGAUUUUCUCCCUUUUCUUGACAACCUCGUCUUCCGCGUUGUUUUUUCGUUCUCCGAAGACCUUCAGCCACUCCGGCUCCAGCACUUGCUUCUUUCCUUUUCACGAUGGCAACCGCAUGGCCUCUGCUAAGCCAGGCGGCGCCUCCGUUCGACUUCGGUCGAACACGGAGGAGCAUGUCUCCUGUCUCUGCGUCGGGACAUGCUGAAGUUCCUUUGUCUUCUGUCGCGUGCCCUCCUCGGUCGUCGCAUCCCUCCUUUGCGCCUGCUCGCCUGUUCCCCUCUUCCUGCUCCUCCUCGUCUGCCUUCUCCCCCGUAGCGCCUGCUGUUUGCUCGCCUGCGUCUGCGCCGCGGCAGCUCCGGGGUCUAAACACCUGCGAGCGCGUGGACAUGUGCAGUCAAAGCAGACGGUUUUUCUCGACUGGACGUCCCCCGCCCUUCUCGAGUCUGGCGAGUCACCCUGAGUCUGCCUGCGAGGCUGCUGGGCAGGCGACGGCGACCUCUCGCGCGGGGGCGGCGAACUCUCGGGAGAAGAGCGACGUCUCUGCAGAGAUUCAGCGCUUUGUGGAGAGCGAGGAAGAACGCGAAAGCGAGGAGGCUGCGCCGGUGCCCGAGCUCUGGGCUCCAAAGAACCGCGAGAUGCAGAGCUUUCCGUGGUCCCCGGUCGCGCAGCACUUGGAAUGCACACAGACGUCUUUGAAGCUUGAAAACGCACGGAAAAAGGGGACUGUGUUGCUGCCGCGAUUCGCUUCUCCGCCUCUCUCCUGCUUUCCUCUCUCGAGUGCGAAACCCAUUGUCUCGGCCUUCAAAGCCGCGUCUCCGCCGACUCUUGAAGAGAAGGAAUCUUCUCCGGCGAACAGUCUCGUCCUCGCAGUCUUCACGGUCGACCACUCGCCUUCGUCUCGCUCUGCGCUCCCGCUCCACAUUUCCGGUUCCUCAUCUUCUCCCCACUCGGCCGAGUAUGCUCUGCAAGACUUCCCGCCUUCUCCUUCGUCGAAUGCAUCCUCAUCUUGUCAGGCUCAUUCGUCUUCUCCAUCUUCUUCGUCCUCCUCUUCCGGAGACCAGACAGGGAGUCGGUCGACGCGGACGGCUCCUGCGUGUCUGCCGUCGCAGCCGGAGGCCUUGCUUCUUUCGAGUUCGACGUUCGAGGAGCCUUCUGCUGGCGAGGAAGCGACGCCGCUGGUCACGAGCAGAGAAGACGAGGACGGGUCUCGAGAGGAGACCUUCAUCACUUCUUCUGUCUUCUUCAAGGAGCAGCGAUUCUUCUCCAGCAUCUCGUGGGCGAUGUUCUUCCUCGGUGUUGGCGUCUUUCUCCCGUGGAACUGCCUCGUCAUGGAAAUGGCGACAUUCGACGUCGCGUACUUCCCCACUUUCCCCUGGACGGAGGCCGCUACGCAGGUCCGAACGGCUUGCUUCUUUUUGGGACAACUUCUGUUGCUCUGGCUGGGCCCGCGCCUUCAGCUGAUUCAAAGAACCGUCAGUACCUUGAUUUUCUCCAGCGUGACGACCAUCGCUCUCGCCUUGGUUGCCGCCUGGGUUCCGGAAAAUCCUGCCUUUCACUUUUGCUGCGUCCUCAGUGGAAUCAUUGGAGUUCAGGGAUCCCUCCUGCAUGCCAGCGUGUACGUACUCCACGCCGUCAUCCACCACGAGUUAGCUGUCGACUGGUCCAUAGGCGGAGGCCUCGCAGGUCCGUUGACCGCUCUGCUGGCGUUUCCUUUGUACUUCUUGCUGCCGGCGUCGAAGGAGGGACAGCGAAUCGGGACCUUGUGUCUCUUCGGCUUCUCCGCGAUCUGGUCGCUCCUCGCAGCAGGAGCUCUGUGCCUAGGGGCGAGACACCCCUCGGCCUCUGCUGCGCUUCUCCGACAAGAAGCCAGUGUCCGCCAGAAGCAGAGGGAGGGGGGACUGUCCAGGUCGUUCAGCUGGGCCAAGGCCUCCAGUGGCAUCGCGCGCCUCUCGCGUUCUCUCUCUUGGUUCGGCGGUCAGAGAGAGACCUCGGGCGAACCAGAGCCAAGAGUCCGCAGCGCAGACGAACACCCGGCCAAAGGCGGAGACACCGCGACUCCACAUGAGGCGAGAGCGAGGGAGAGACGCGACGUGGAGCCGAGUCCAGACGAAAUGUGGAAGGGGCAAGAGGAGAAGGAACUGACGGUGGGAGAAGUCGCAGCGGAGGUGGAGAAGGCGGCGAUGCUGGGGGAGGAGACUCCGUACAUUCUAGGUCGGGGAACGCGGGCGCUUGCAGCGGCUCCAGAAAAACGCGUCGGAGAAGCCGACCCGCUUUUGAGUUUCGCGCGUGCGCCUGCGUUCGUCGGAGACGACCUGACAACACACGAGGCCUGUCGAAAGGAACUUGCGGCUUCUCAGAAGGCUCUUUUGAGCGCGUCGUGGCGACGCAGAGAUGUCUUUUGGGCGAUUCGCGCGAAUCUCGUGACCUGCUUUCUCCUGUUUCUCUCGACCUACUUGGUAUACCCGGUGACGACCGAACACAUGCUGCCUUCGAGUUCGGUCGACUUUGUGCUCUUUCAGAUGAUUCUCGUCGCAUGUUUCCAAGCGGGGAACGUCUUGGGGCGUUUCUGCGUCUUCUGGGGGUGUCGCGCGAGCUUCGCCUGGCUCUUGCCUCUUGUGCUUCUGCGACUUCUUAUGAUCCCGCUCUUCUUCUUCCUCGACGGAUCUCUGGGGCGCCCGGUGUGGACCCCCGCGCCUCUCGCCUCGCCCCCAACUGUCUCCGAAGCUGACAUCCCCUCUUCGCCUGCCGCGCAUGCCAUCAUCAUUCCGCCAGAGUCCGCGUCGCUGUCUUCUCUCUCGUCUUCUGCGGGUCCUUCGAGUGCGUUUCUGGCGCCGUCAACGUCGGAAACGGCAGCGGCGACGCGGGCCUUUUCUCACUUUUUUUCUGCGAACGAGGGCGUCACGGCGGACGCUUCCCUGUUUCUCCUCAUGGUCUUGUUUGCGACCCUGCACGGCUGGCUCUCGGUCCUGGGGGCCUUCUACGCGACGCAGGUCCCGCGCUCGACCCCACAGAAGGAGACAGCGGCCUAUCUGAUGUGCGUGGCUGAGAGCUGCGGCAUUGCGGUCGGAGUCGCACUCUCUGUCCUCUGGGCUUCACUAGCUGGCGAGCAUCCCCUCUCGCCCCACAAGGCCGCCCACACGCCUCCACACAGUCCCCUCGGCGAGGGCCUCGCCAGCGCGGUCGCGGAGACACUGGGCCCCAGCCGCGUGCCCGAAGCGACCGCGGUCGCGGCUCCAAGCGCAGGCGCUGACACGAGAAGCAUUGGGCUCCAAAGAGUCCCCAAGCUCGGCUAGCGGGGAGGCGACACAGAGACUGCAGAUGCACCCGAGGAGAGGAGAUUAGCGACGAAGGACCCUUUGAGCGAAAAGCAGACGAGUCGAAAGGAGGGAGGAGACAGGGGGAGAAAGAGAAGAGGUCGACUGCCGAAGAAGAAACGGGAGAGAGAAGGGAGAGAAGGGAGAGAAGGAGGGAGAGAGAGAGAAGGAUGGAGAGAGAGAGAAGGAGGGAGAGGAGAAGCAACAGAGAGGUAGGAGAGCGAGAAGGUCGAGAGAGAAAGAGAGAGACAGUAGAGAGACAACAGAGGGGCAAGAAGCUGAAGACGAGAAAAGGAACAGGGUGGAAUUUUCUUUUUCGCCUCAGACAGGGUUUCGCGGUAGAAUUUGUUUCUGUGAUGAAGGACUUUUUUCACUGAGUGUACACGCUUGUCCGUGAAACACCUUCUUCGUUGAAUGACUCUGACUCUGUACAUACACACAAAAGGCGG